AUGAAAAACAAAAAUAAAUUAUCUGAAGAGAGUUCCGUAUAUAGAAAUGUUCCAACUGCUACUCAAGAACAGAAUACUAGAAGAAAUAGCUAUUCUGUUCCCUCUAAUAACACUGUAAUUCAAUAAAUCUUCCACUUCUACACUAAAUAAACAUAUGCUAUAGGUGUAAAUGCAACAUUCGAUAGACAAUCUCAAGAGAGUAAUUAAUUAAAUUUAGCUAAAUUCUUUCAUUUUUGUAGAGAUUUUAACAUUAAAUUUCUUAAUAAGUAAGAACUCCAAGAUCUAUUUAAGAAAUGUGCAACUAAUGGAUAAAACAUCAAUUUAUAAUAGUUCGAAUAAUUAUUUAGUUUGUUAGCAUUAUAUCGAGGAAUUGAUUUGUGUGAAUUCUAUUCUGAACUUGGUUUUGAUGUUUGGUUAAAAAACUAAAAGAAAAUGAAAUUGCUUGGUAAACCAUUUUAUAUGAAAGAUGAUAGAUAAAGAUUCACAAAAGAUGAACUUCAUUACGAAUUCAAACUAUUCCAUCCUGAUAUUAAAGAUGAAAAUCUCAUUAAAGAAAUAUUAAGAUAAAGAAAAUUAAAAUCAGAAAAUAAUAAAAAUAAUGAAAGAGAGAAAAAAACAAAGCAAAAGUUGCAAUUCGAACUAAAGUUUACAAGUGGAACUGAAUUGAUUGAAAAAUAUCCUGAAAAAAUUCAAUUAAUAUAACAGCUUCAAAAGAAAAAGGUAACACAACACAUUAGUAACUUUAAACCUCUAACUAAGCUUACUUACAGUCUAAAUGCUGCGCCAAAAGAAUAAAUUUAUAAAAAAAAAACUCCGAUUGUUACAUGGGAUGCUCUAAAUGCUAUUAUACCCAAUGAUGAUUUAAUAUUAAGCUUGAUUGGUCCAUAAUAAGAGGAAGAUUCAUAUUUAAGCAAGCUUGAAUCAGGAAAUAAUUCAUCAAUCAAUCAGCAUCAAACUUUCCUAUAAAAUAAUAGUAACCUAUCACAGAAAGUAAGAUCAAUGUCUGAUUCUAAUCCUAAUUAUGCUAGAGAUAAUAAUUAAAUUAUAUCAGAGAGAUAACAUUAACCAAAGCUGAAUUAUCAGGAGUCACCCAGAAUCAAGCCACGUUUACGAUACAAUAUUUUAGAAUAAUCUCCAAUGUAAGUCGAUUUAUCAAAUAUAUCAAACUAAGUUGACAAAUCCCCUUUGAAAACCAAAUUAAAUAUCUCAAUACUCAAAAGAGCAAAUGAAAUUUAACAAUUAGAGGGACUGAAAUAAAAAUAUCUCUUAGAUUAAAUUUUAAACAAUUAAUUGAAGAAGGAGUAACUCAAAAAAUCAAAAGUAAUUCAUAUCUGA